UCAAAACAUUGCCAUCGAUUGGGUUUCUCCUCCCACCGGGGCUGCAAUUUUCCCAUUGUUUUCACGCAAAAACACGAUGCUGUGAAGUCAUUAUCCUAUUUUUGUCAACGCGAAUCGUCGGUUCAGUCAAAAUUGCUAUCCUUUCAUCUCGGUUGUCUUUUAACUGACCAUGCAUGUUCAACUGGAGUGAGGCACAAACAGAAACGCACCACGAUGAUUAACGGACCAUCCCGCAGCAAGUUCGGCUCCCUCAUCGGGGUCUUGAACGUGGGUCACUCCAGCUGUAAAUUCCUGAUAUAUGCAGCGAAAAACGCCGAAAUACUGACCUGUCAUGAGGAACCCCUGGAGCCGAUUUCGCCCCACUCCGGCUGGGUCGAGUUUGAUCCGGCCCGGAUCUGGCAUUCGGUACGGGAUUGUAUCGAACGUGCGGUGCAGAAUCUGGAGCUGCUGGAAAUCGAUCUGCGCGACAUGGUAGCCGUUGGGGUGUGCAAUCAGCGCGAGACGAGUGUCCUUUGGGAUCGGCAGAGCGGGCAGGCGUUAUGUAAUGCUAUUGGAUGGUGUGAUACCAGGACUUCUGCCGUAGUCGGAGGGAUGCUGGCCAGGGUGAAAGGGAAAAUUAACUUCCUGAAGGCGGUCUGUGGAUUGCCGUUUGCCAAUUGCUUCAGUGCAGUGAAGGUUCGCUGGAUGUUGGACAAGGUGGAGGGAAUUGAAGGGAAAGAGGUUCUGUUCGGUACGCUGGAUAGCUGGGUGGUGUGGAAUUUGACCGGCGGGGUGAACGGAGGGCUACACGUGACGGAUGUGACGAAUGCCUCGAGAACGAUGCUGAUGAACCUGGAGGAAUUGCAGUGGGACGCCAGGUUGUGCAAUUUUUUCAAGAUAUCGCAGGAUAUUCUACCGCAAAUCAGAAGCUGCUCGGAGAUUUACGGAUACAUUAGCGAGGGACCGUUGAGGGGGAUUCCGAUUGCUAGUUGCAUUGGCGACCAGCAAGCGGCCCUGGUGGGUCAGAUGUGUCUCAGUGCAGGGCAGCUAACCUGUAACAUAGACGAAGGAUCUUUUCUUUUGUUCAACACGGCUCAGGAAAUUAUCGAUUCGGACAAUGGCCUUCUCUCGACGGUGGCCUUCAAGUUGGGUCCGAAUGCGGAAACAUUUUACGCUUUGGAAGGUGCCAUUCCCCACGCGGGAAGUUCGCUCGAUUGGAUGCGAGAAAAUCUCCAGCUACCGAACGAUCCAAACCAGAAUGGGUCGUUGACGCAGAGUUUCCUCGGGGAUCCCGGAGGGCCUUCGGCCAUUCUAUCGUCCAUCUGCUCGAUGAGUUCUUCCUUCGGUGCUUUCCAGAAGGAGGCGGGAAAGUUCAAAAAUCCGAACUACGAAGUAAUCCUGGUUCCCGCUUUCAGUGGUUACUACACGCCCUAUUGGCGGUACAAGGCGCGAGGGAUGCUGUUUGGGUUGACACUGCAGACGACGGCACAACAGAUUAUGUUUUCCGCCUACGAAGCCAUCUGCUUCCAGGUGCGGGAAAUUCUAGAAUCCUUGAAAAAAGACUGUCGAACGUGGCCGGCGGUUACGAAGCUAGUAGCCGGCGGAGAUCUCAGCGAGAAACCAUUCCUGAUGCAGAUGUUGGCCGAUUUAUGCGGGGUGAGCAUCGAACGGCCCCAAACUUCAACACCCGCUUGUCUCGGAACGAUGCUGGCCGCCGGAUUGGCCAUGGAGAUCCUCACAUUGGACGAGUUCCGAGCCAGUUGCAUUCCGCCGACCGAUUACUACACGCCGGCACUUAACUCUAGUCAACGAGAUAUGAAAUUCCGUAAGUGGAAAAUUGCGGUAGAUCGGUGCUUGAACUUUGAUUCCGUCUCGGAGACGGAUCUUUCCAAAUUUCAACAUGACGAGCUAGAUCCGGAGCACUCGGUCCGAUGUUCGAUACCGGGUGGGGUCUACAUAAUCUCUUCCUUCGCUCUGAUCGUGCUGGCGCAAAUCCUCCAACACAAUCGACCGACGACUUAGUUACUGCGCCGCAUGCACCUAAAUGUAGUAGUACUAAUCUGUUGACUGCAAUCGGUAGCUAUCACUCGCCCGACAAUAUGAAGUAAGCUAGGUACGAUAAUUCGCGGUUUUGCCGAUUAUAUAGACUAUGACACAAACUACCUAUUUCUAGAAGAUACAUUACGACGCUUUGCUUCUACGCGCCGCCGGUUGAUGGCU